AUGGCUCGUUCGACGUUUAUUAGUUUUGAUAAUGAUCAAUCCUCACACAAUUACUCACCAAAUGCAAAGGAAAGAGAGUCUUUUUUUAACGAUCAUACUACAACCGGUGUCCCAGCAUCAAAUAAAAUAUUACAUUUUCAUCAUCGUCUAAUGCCCACCAUAUCAUCAAGUAGUCGUACUACAGCAAUGCCAACGAUCAUUUCAGCAACAACACAACAACAGCCGAUUAUAGGCGGUAAUAGAAAGCUUCUUACUCCGCAAAUAACGUUUUCCUCUGCUGCUGCUGCCACUACUCAAUCGAAAGAUGAGAACAAUUUUUUGUUUAACAACAUAUUGGAUUCUGAAGAUAGUCUAGAUAAAUUUUUACCAACAACACCUGUUGAUAAUAAAACACGUUUAAAUCCAAAAACGAAACGAAAUAUUCGAGGAAAACGUCGUUCAACCGGAAUUCAUCCAGAAUCUAUAGUAGCACAAACUUCAGAUGAGGUUUUUUCUCCGGGUCGUGAGGAUGAUUCACAGCCGACAAAUGAUCAAAUAAUUAUACGCCAAACGUCUAAUUCUGAUUAUCAUGAUGUAAAUAAGUUGCAAUCUCAAGAAGAUAAUAAUCAACGACUAUAUCUAGAAGAAAGAAUAAAUGCACUUGAAACAUUAUUACUGGAUAAAGACUCAAUUAUUUACGAUUUACAACGAAAAUUAGACAAUUUGACGAGAGACUUAUCGGAAGCUGAACAAGAAAUAUAUGUAUUACACAAAGAUAAACUAUCGCUCAUUAGAGCUCUAAUUUGCGGUAGUCCUACUCGGCACACUAAUCCAGCGAUAUGUCGAUUAGUUCAGCUUGACAUUCCGCCAUUAGUUGCUACCACUUUGACAAAUAUUUCACUUCCUAAUAAUUCCACUUGGUUAUUUUAUAACACUGAAAACAUCUGUAAUCGAAAACCUGUCUAUCGUUCGGUAUGGAACAAAGAUUGGUAUCAAUUGAUGUCACCAACGAAUCAAUGGACAUUCUACGAUAUGAAAAAUAUGGUAUAUGAAGAAAGUCCUCUUGUAUGGUGUUCAGCUUGGGAUGCAGUACCCCUAUUUUCAAUGCCACUCAGUUAUUUUCAACAUCCAGUACGAGUGCCAAAACAGCGAUGGCAAAGAAUAAUAGUUUAUGAGGAAAAAACAUAUGAUAAACACAAUAUUACGUACAAAAACAUGCACGUGCCAAGCAUGAAUCUUAAAUGUUUUCAACCUCAAAAAGUUGAUUGUGAUACAAAAUUAUUAACAAUUUUGUUCGAUUUGACGAAACGAACCAAAAAAAAUGAUUUGAAACAAAUGAAAUUGUUUGCCAAAACGAUGACAUGGCUUUUAUCCGAAAUGUGUGAGAUCAAAAUAUCUGUAACCACUAUUCGACAUUCUCUCGAAACAAUAAAACCAUUCGAUGAUUUUAGUGUUGAUAAUGAAAAUUUAUUCGAUGUCAUCGACACACUAAAACUUGAAGAUGAAAAAUCGGUAAAAUCCCCAUGGUCGAUCCAAUGGCCAGAUGCCAUACGAUUUAUUGUUACUAAAGUAUUUAAAAAUACUUUUCAAUUACCACUUAAGUUAAAUAAUCGAACAAAAGCGAAAUUACGUAGUAAGAUAAAAGAGUUAGUUUUAACACCUAAGAAGCGAAACGCCUCACAACAUUCACAAUUUUGGAAUGAUUGGAAUAUAACUGCUGCUGAUAAGCUAUUAACCAUGCGAAUCGUUACUGAAACAGAAAAUCUAAGCAGAAAUAGACGUGAUGUUGUUUCGACGAACAGUGAAGAGCAAGUGCUAUUAAUUUUAUCUGCACGAUCAAACUCUAUCUUUGAAUUCAAUGAUAAAUAUGAACGCUUGGAACAAUUCGUAUCAAAUAUUAAUAAAAACAUUAAUAAAACAACAAAUUUUACACAUUCCAAAUCAGUUCGUCUUGUGUUUGUCGAUUUUGGUUCCAUUUCGAAUCAAAAAAUUCAUGAAAUGUAUCAUUCAUCUUUUCUAGUCAGAGCAAAACAUUCAUUAUCAUCCACACCAAGACGAUACAAUUACAUUGAAACAUAUCAAGAUUUAUUCGAUUCUGUACAUACCUAUUUAUUCGACAACGUUCAACGUCUAUAUCGAUCACCCUUCAGUCACCUUAACCCAUCUCUAUUAGAAACGACUCGAUUAAAACAAAAAAAUGUCACCAAUUCAAACGUUUGUCAAAUACUAGUUUUAGAAAAUGAAACAGGUGAAAGUAACAGUACAAAUAAUAAUCAUCGUUCACAUUUGGAAUAUUCAACUCAAUCUUCAUUCGGAAACUGGACAAUCAUAAAUGAUGAUUUAGCAGAAAUUUUUAAUGUCACCAUCCAGGAUCUACCGUCCAUCGCUCCAUCUUGUUCUAAACCUGGAGUUGAAAUACUUUUUCAAAGCAUCAAUAUCUAUUUACAAAAUGAUCUUGAACCAAACGGAAUUAUUAAUUGGUCAUUCAAAAACUAUAGUUUCAAUACUUCAUAUGAUAAUAUGACAAGUCAUUUUUCAUGCAAUACGUUUGAAAUAUCUUGUACGGGACUCGAUCUGCUUGUAUUAAUUGAUUUAUCUCGUAGUGCUGAAAGUUGGAAAUAUUUGACAGGAGAUUAUCCAGAGCUACUCUAUCAUUUGCGUACAUUUCUAUAUGUAUUAUUGUCAUAUCUUGAUUCGGAGACACUUCGUUUUGGAAUGAUAAUUAUCCUUAGUAACGAAGAUAGACUAAUAAUGCCAAUUGAAACAGUUAAAGAUAAAGGUUCCGUUAUCAGAAAUGUCAAUAUGACCCUUCAAACUCUCUUAUAUAAAGUUGGACAAUCUACAAUAUCACAGAGCCGUAUGAGCGAAACUAUUAGUUUUGCAAGCGAUCUAUUAUUGAAUAAUUCGUUGUCAAACAAUCGACAUGUUCUUCUAACAAUACCAACAAAUAUCAGUUUAUCUUAUAGUAUAGAUGAGAUUUCUCUUAUUCGAGACGUUAUUGAUAAAUAUUCUAUGGAACAAAUUCGUUAUAUAGUUUUAGAUCCUAUGCUUCGCACUAACAACUAUAUGAGAAAUAAACAAUUUUAUUUAAGAGAAUUGAUUCUUCGUAGUAUGGCAUCCAAACCGUAUAUUCUAAAUUAUUUUUCAUCUUAUGGUGCUCACCGUGAUCUUACGUUCGGAUUAGUAUUUGAAAUUCUUGACACUUUAUGCGGAACACUUUCUUUUCGUUGA